GGAUAUUUGGAGGAAUUGGAUACACUAUAUACAAAAGAUACUCGGAUGAUUCAAAGAAAACUUUUUCACCAAAUAGAUUCAUUCCAUUAACAGUUAGUGAAAUAACGCCAGUAAAUCAUAAUACACGUAUAUUUCGUUUAAAAUUUCCAAGAGCGUUAAAAGAACCAAUACCAGUUGCAUCUUGUGUCCAAGUUAAAGAUGAUUCUACACAAAUAAUGAGGGAAUAUACACCAAUUAGUCCUAUCAAUGAAUUGAAUUUUAUUGAUUUAUUAGUAAAACGAUAUGAUAAUGGGCAUAUGUCUAGAUUAAUUCAUAAUUUAAAAAUUGGUGAUAAAUUUGAAGUCAGAGGACCCGUUGUUACUUUACCGUAUACACCUAAUAUGAAGAAACAUAUUGGAAUGUUAAUCAAUUAUAUACUUCAAAAUCCAGAAGACAAAACAAAAAUAUAUUUAAUUUACGCGAAUAUAACAAAAGAUGAUAUACUCCUUUAUAAUGACUUCAAAGAAUUAUCCAAAAAUCAUCCAAACCAAUUAAAAAUUUACUAUACACUCGAUAAGCCACCAAAAGAUAAUUGGACUCAAGGUGUUGGUUAUGUAAGUGAAGAAAUGGUAAAAGAGAAUAUUCCUGCUCCAAAUGAGGAUGUUCUCGUAUUAGUUUGUGGUCCAAGCAGUGGUGGAAAGGCAUCUGAUAUGUCUCAAGGACUUGUUAGGGGCAUAUUGAAAAAACUCGGAUAUACACAAGAUCAAGUCUUUAAAUUUUAA